AUGCGGAAGAAUUUUCAGUUUAAAGUAAAGAAGUCGACGUCGGAGCUAUAUAUACUGCGGUGCGUUCAUGCUGAUUGCACGUGGAGACUUCGAGCUACCAAGCUAAAGGAAUGCACUUUGUUCAAGAUAAAAAAAUAUUGUGCUGCCCAUAUGUGCUAUGGUGGAGCUUUAAAACAUGAUCAUAGGCAAGCCAAAAGUUGGGUGGUAGGACAUCUUGUGCAAGAGAAGUUCACAGACGUCUCCCGCACGUAUAGACCAAAGGACAUUAUACAAGACAUGAGGAAGGAGUAUGGUGUCAAUUUAAGUUAUGAUAGAGCAUGGCGUUCUAGUGAAGAAGCACUCCGGCUUAUUAGAGGUGAUCUAGCAUCGUCAUAUGGUCUACUUGCAGCUUAUGGUGAAGCUUUGAAAAUCAUGAACCCAGGUACUAUUUUCGAAUUAGAACUAGAAGGUGGCAAGUAUUUCAAAUAUGUAUUUAUGACACUGGGUCAAUCGAUUCGAGGUUUUCUGGGUUGUAUUAGACCAGUGUUGGUUGUUGACAGGGCCCACCUAAAGGGGAAGUUCAGAGGGGUAUUGUUAUCAGCUUCUGGUGUCGAUGCGAAUAACCAGAUUUACCCGGUAGCAUUUGUGAUUGUCGACGGUGAGAGGUAG